AUGUUGCUAUCCCCGGUGUAUUCCACCGCUAUUCAAGUCAUGUCUGGUUCCCCAGAAGAAAACCCUGGACAUCUUGGACGCGUGCCACAUUACAUAGAUCCUGUGGACCCUCGGUGGACCACUGUUCAAUCACCUCCCUAUAUGGGCGUAUCUCAUUCAUACACACCUACACACCAUGGAUCAGACGUGCUCACACCCAUCAGUCUGGAUGAUAACACAUACUUGCAAGCACGUCCUAGCCCAGUAUUAAGCCAUCAUUCCCAGAAAUUCCCGUACAUAGGUGAAGCUGCUGCCUCCAAUGGACUGGGCGUCACCAGCCCAUAUCAAGAGCUCCUUCCUGCUCCGACAUCUUCUCCAAGCUAUUGCUAUCAGAAACAGGAUCCCCAACUCCACCAUGCAACAAUGGACUUCUAUCACUACGGCCCAGGACACUGCCAAGCAAUUCUUCCGAUGAAACAGUCCAGUCUUAAGCGCUCUAGGCGACGAACAGACUCUGAUAGUACUCCCCCGCGCGGCUCACCCGUCAGAAUUCUACCCCAUCCGGAGGGGUUAUACCGACUUGAACAGGAACGCCGGCAAGGCAGCCAAGUGCUAGACCCAUACCAACCAGACGCCUCAAAAGGACGCUCAUCUGGGAGAGGCCGCCGUGACCCUCAAGCAGAGGAAGAGGAUUUAUUUGUGGAGAAUCUUCGCGCACAAAGUUUGUCAUGGAAGAUUGUCGCCGAGAUGUUUCGGGAACGAUUUGGCAAGAAUACAAGCGAGGCACGUCUUCAAAUGCGCAUGUUGCGCCGGCGGAAGAGUGCAGCGGCAUGGCAAGAGGCGGAUUCGAGCGACAUCUCCAGUGAUUUACAGACGCUGAUUGAGAUUUGGUCUACUGGGUACAAGAGUUAUAAAUGGCUCCACUCUAUACCGAGAGGCGGAUGA